AGAAGGGACUAUUCUGCAGAAGGUGGGUUUGUUUUGUCCUCCCGUUCUGCCUGAAGUUGGGCGGGGCCUGAUUUUCUUCUCUCUUCCCCCCACUCCCCCCCCUCGGAAGUAGACGUAUCUGUCUAUAUUUCCUUCUUUUAUUUUCUUUUCUUUUAUUUUUUUUUACAACAACCCCCUUUCCCCAAUACUAAGCAUCAUGGGCGUCACGAUGGACGACUGAAGAACGGGUCCCAGAUUUCACCCCUUUAUUUAUCCUUUCAUUAAUUGGACCGAAUGAAAUCCAACUGUGGUUUUCUCCGCUUAGCAGGAGAGGUAUCUGUAUCCAGUGGGGAGGUAGGCUCAACCAGGGGAGGAAAGAAUGAAGUUCUUCGAACCCUGGGGACGCCAGAGGCUGUCUUUUCUUCUGGAAAAGGCUGCCUCUAGAGAAGCCAAAAUGUGGAGGGUCUACAUACCGAAGAAGCCCUCCUCACAGGAUACAGACAUCACCCCAGCCCAGCGGGACGAGGCCGUGCGCUGGUUGAUGGAGCUCCACAGCAGACUGCAGCUCUACCCAGAGACCCUGGUUUUAGCUGUUAGUAUCUUGGACCGGUUCCUUGCUCCCAUUAAGGCCCGUCCAAAGUACCUGCGCUGCAUCGCCAUCGCCUGCUUCUUCCUGGCUGCUAAGACCUGUGAGGAGGAUGAGUGUGUGCCCUCUCUGAAGGAGCUUGCUGCCUCCAGCAGCUGUGGCUGUUCUCCAUCAGAGAUCCUGAGGAUGGAGAGGAUCAUUCUGGACAAACUAAACUGGGAUCUGCACACUGCCACAGCACUGGACUUCCUGCACAUCUUCCAUUUGAUGGUGUUGUCAUGUCGUACUGGGUUUUUGGACUUCACGUUGGGACUGAACCGCUCUCAGCACCUCGCCCUGCUCACACGGCGACUCUACCACUGUUUGGCCGACCACAUACUCAUACAGCUCAGAGGAUCCAUGCUGGCCUUGGCCCUCAUCACCUUGGAGCUGGAGAGCUGCUGUCCUGACUGGCUGGCUCUCACCAUCAGCCUGCUGAGGAAGGCACAGAUUGACAGCUCUGACUUGAUUCGGAGUCGAGAGCUGGUGGCCCGUAGUCUGUCCACACUGAGAGCUUCCCUGCCUAGAAACACUGUCUACAUCUACCAACCCCUGCAGAACCAAAACACCCUGCAGCCUCCGGCACAGGACCCCACCCUCCCCUGCUGCACACUGGGGACCUGUCCAGGGACCAUCACCGAGUCUUCCAGGGACCACGCCCUCAUCCCUGCCCAGCCAAAGACACCUUCUGGUGGGGAGGAGGGGAGCCAUCAGCCCUGGAGCUCAGUCUCCUCCUCCUUCUCUACCACCGACAGCGGCAUCCCAGCUCUACUCUCUCCACCCAAACACCUCCGCCAUCUUAACCAUCUGCAGAAGGUCACGCUGCGCUGCAAGGCCUCUGCCAAGCGCAAGGUGGAGGAGAUGGAGGUGGACGACUUCUAUGAUGGCAUCAAACGCCUCUACAACGAAGAUGUCACCAACACCGGUCCUGCAAUGGGGGCGAUAACAGCAGGUGGAGGAGAAGGUCUGGGUGUUUGCAGUGUCCUGUUGUCCCAACAGGAAGGCAGCUCCUUCCCCUGCCCGCCUCUGCAGCCAGUCAGUGCCUCCUAGAGACCAAACAGGAACCUGUUUACCAAAAACACCUUCACACCUUUCAAAUUAAACUCCUCAAUUCAAAAUAUUCAAACUAUAUUCAGUUUUUUUGAUCAAUCAGUGACAUUUAGGCAGAUCUUUUGGCAACUCCCUCAGCAAGAGGCAACAAAGUCAGAGAAACAGAUUUUAUUCAGUGUUUCUAUUUCCAUAAAAAAAAAGCAAUAUAAAGGCAGCUCCUCAGGAAAUGUUGCCCAUCAGAGCCAGAGAAAAUUGCCCUUUACAUCACUGCUUUUGAUGAAACAUACAGUAAAAGAAGAAAAUAUAGAUGUUAUAAUACAAAUAAAACAGUGAUACAUAUGAUUUCAGUGGUUAAGAUGGUUUUGGUUUCAGUGCAAACAACCUCAAGCUGUUCAGCAGUCCUGAAGCCAGUUGCCAUCAUCCCCUGCAACCGGAAAACAGAGCCCAAAAAAAUGUUAACAUUAAAAAAAUAAAUAAAAAACCUGCUGCUACUUGUUAAUUAUAUGUGUUGAACACAAAUACAAUAUUACAAAAGGUAUAAAAAAAAAAUUCUUAAUAGAAAAGUGACCUUCAAAAAAACAAGAUUGACUUCUCUACUCCAGUGUCUCUAUCCUGUUGUGGAAGAUUUUUGAAAACGUCAUCGUUUGUCAACUUAUAUUUGUUGUUUGUAUCUUAAACUCUUUUCUUUCAUUUCAUAUUUGUUUUUAUUCUGUCUUCUUCCCUUUCCUUCCUCACACUGCACGUUUUGAAAUGUAUGAAUGUUUCUGUAUAAACGAUUAUCUGUAUUAUUCGCCCAGAUAGAAAACCUUUGUUUUGUGUUUUUUUUGUUUUGUUUGUGUGAAGUGCAAUUUUAUUGUUAAUAAGAUGCUAAUAUAAACAUCCCUCAGUUCUUCCCUUCCCUCUCAGCUUGUUGCGACAGCUUGACUGAAAGUUUUUCAGGUUGUUUUGUUUACCCACAAACUAAAAGGCUGCAGCUGAAUUCUAGUUUCCUCCUGCAGGCGUCUUGGCUGCCAAAUGAUCAAUUUACUAUUUGUUUUGGAGCCAAGUCAUCUUGAGAUAAUAGACAAAUUAUUAGUCACUACAGCAGCUCUCAGUGGGUGGAGUUAUCCACAGGCUGUUGCCGUAAACCCCACUCAUCUGGCACUCCUGAGAGUUUAAAACGAAUGCUGUCAAAAAUUCUGAAGCUACAGUACUUGUUGUCCAAUCACGGCCCUGUUCUCUAAUAUUGGCUCAAGUAAUCCAGGCUAACAUGUUCGCCAGCUAAAACGAUCCUGUUAAUUCUCACCCAGCUAUCUUGGUUCAUUGAACGCAGAGACCCCAAGAGAUCUUGAUUAUUUCCCAAUAACUCACAUGCUCUCAUCUAAAACCUUAAAUAGUCUAGGUCAUAAGAAGUUGGUAUUAUGACAACAGCUCCGGUUAAAUUCUAACAGAAACAUCCAGGUUUUACAAUAAACCUAACUUUGUUGCCCUUGUACAAAGAACAGGGCCCUGGUAAUAAAAAUCUGACCUCAUGUGGUUUCUGUGUUGAAGCAGCCAGAGGGAAUUAAAGUUCUAGUUAAUAUAUUCAUAUGCAAUAAAACAACCUUGAGUUAUUAGAAGCAUUUUAAUAUUAAGCUAAGAGACAGAAAUGUGUUUUUUGAGUUGGUGUCUGAGCUUCAGAAGAAGACAAGUGACUUCCCUUUGAUGUUCAAAAAAAUAUAAAACAACAGAUUCUGUUUUUAUCUCUUGAAGUUCUGUUUAAUAUAUUUUUAUUUCUGCAAAAAGCUCUGUUGUUCCUGCUGUGGGAGCUGCUGGUGGCUGCGGCACCAAUAAAUAAAGAGAGAAGAAUAUAAAAACUGA